UAUUUCUACACGCUGUGUGACAGUUGAACAUAACUUAAACUCGGAUUGUAUUGAAAAUGUUUUAAAAUCUAAACGAGGAUGGGGGAAUUGGUGAUGACGUCAUACCGAACCCAGUCUAACCAAACUGAUGACGCUGAUCCUAGAACAAGUUUAAUUAUCGAACCAACAGUUCAAAACGAGGCUUCGUCACAAUCCAGCCACAGAACUAACGGUCACUUUUGUCAAAAUGGUUCAAGUUUCAAAAAUAAAAAUGAAUUGAAGAAGAAACUACCUCUAACCUCCAAAAGAACAAGAUGUCGAAUUUUAACGGCCAUCAUUCUUACCACUAUGAUCCUUGCCUUUGUUGCCAUAAUUCUCAUCAUCUGUUUAAAAUCAGCAGACGAUCACACAUCAAUACCGGAAGUGACAUCAUCAUUUCCAGCUGAAAAUAACACUGACUGGACAACCGAGUAUCUUACUACGACGUUAUCCAGUAUUAUCCAGACCACGACUACGUCUUCGCUAAAAUUUCCGUCAAUUGUCGAAUAUAAAACUUUUCCACAUCAAGGCGACAGUCGUAUCUUCCAAAUAGAAGAUGAUAGUGGAUUGACUAUCAGAGCUUAUGGUCACAAGUCCCAUAGCGGAAAGAUUGAAUCUUUAAAACAUAUUAGCGUCACCGACGGAAGUGAUAGUGAUACGCACAUUCGCUUAGGAACCAGAAACACCUUAGCUUCAGUAAUGCUUCCAGACGGCACCCACAUUUCCUACGAUAUGUCAGAGGAUUUGAGAAACAUGGAAUUGCGGAUAUUCCAAGGUACUAAAAAGUUAUUAAAUUCCCAGCAACCCACAGCCUUUGUCCAGUCAGUAAUAAUAGAUAGUGGAGUUUCAGUGUUAACCAAAUUGUUAUAUACAUUAGCUUAUCAUACAACAGUCAAUAAUCCAAUAACAGACAAUAAAACUUGUGUACCUUAUUUACCUCUACGAGUCACCAAAUGUGGUAGUCAGUAUCCAUACGUAGGAGCAUUCAUUGAAGGGAAGGUGAGGCUGAAUGGGGAGACGUCUGUCUUGAUGGCCGCGUUAUCAUGGCCGAGUGAAGACAACCAUUGUUUCCCAUCGACCUCUUCUUCAAAUUCCAAACCUAAUUACUAUAUACCACUUCCGGUAAAACCAUCCCAAUCGACAGAAUUUUGCCCAAGUUUAGGAAAUCUUGUUUAUUCUGUGUGUUCCAACCCAGAUUUGUAUGACGUUAUAUUAGCCAAUGAAACGUGCUUUAACUUAGCAACCAAGACAACCGUCUUAAUAAACACCAACAACAAUUUCUUUCAUUCAGUUUUUAACAGUUGUCUGCUUAUCUUUUCCACUGUCGAUAAAAUGUGUACCAAUUUACAAACACAAGCUGGUGUACAUGUGCCUUCAUGGAAUAUUAAAAAGGAUUAUUUAUUGGGACUAUGCACCGUUAAAACUGGAAAUAAGCCUACAGUAGGCCCAGAAAAUGACAUUGAUAUCAAGUUACACGUGCUGGCAUUCUGUCCAUCUAUUCCACCAAUUCGAUCCCCUGAACAAACUAUUAAUAUCAAAUUUAAUCAAUCAAAAGCUGUUGGAAGCCCUAUUCAUAUCAACUGUGACGGAUCACCGGAACUGACGUAUAUGUCUAUUGGACAUGCAUACACUGGUUCGGACCAUUUAGAUAGAAUUAUGCACCGAUUUAAAGUUUGUUCUAUUUGUGCGUUCGAAACGUCAGUGAGGGUGGUGCUAAAGGAAGAUGGAAUGUGCUGCAAUAAUACCUGUCUUGAUAGUCGCGAGUGUAAUAAUGGAACAGUACCCGCUAUUGAAGAAUCGACAUUCAAACGCCAUAGUUCAGUUUACUGUCACGACUUUUUGGCUGACCGAGGAUACGCCACUAAACCCUUACAUAGAAAUUGUCUUGGUAGUUGUGAUACGAAAUUUUCUUUGGAAUUUUCUAUGUUUGAUUUGAGUUCAAAAAGUACAUUUUACAAUCAAAAAAUCAUGUGCUAUUCCCACGAUGGAAACUCGUGUAAGAUGGAAUUUGGAACUUAAUAACAAUACAAGUAGUUGUGCUUUGGAAUGAGAACUUACUGUAUUGUGGGAACAAUGUGCAAUUUUUAACUUUUUGCCAAAUUAUUAUUUUAUAAUAUUUCAUUUUUGUGGUUAUUCCAUUGUCAUGAAAACAAAGCAUAUACAUAUAUAUACUGAUCAGACACGGUUCUAGGCUAGUUAUCUCCCUUUAAUGUCAGUUAUCACAGUUCAACAAUAGAAGUACAAGAUGCUACUAAAAGUUAGGGCAGAGAGACUAUACUAGUGGUUAUUCCAUUGUCAUGAAAACAAAGCAUAUACAUAUAUAUACUGAUCAGACACGGUUCUAGGCUGGUUAUCUCCCUUUAAUGUCAGUUAUCACAGUUCAACAAUAGAAGUACAAGAUGCUACUAAAAGUUAGGGCAGAGAGACUAUACUAGUGGUUAUUGCACAAACAAUUUUCUGCUGUUGUUGAAAUUCGAGAAUUAGGACUGUUUAUCUCAGACAACAAUCCAGUGGAAAGCAUUUUCACUGCUCUUUUCUGUCAGUAAUUCCAGGUCGUUUUGAGCAUGUCUCCUGGAAUUUUUCUAAUGUUGUCGUAAUGCCUUAUAUCUUUACAUAGUUUAGUUUCACACCAAUAAAGAUUGUACAGUUUG